AUGAAGGUACAGAUAACUGCACUUAUAUAUGCAGCUGUGAUGGCAUGUGCCAGCAUCGCUGGAACUGCUCUCUUCUUAUUCCUCUCUCCAUUGUUGUUCCUCAUAGGUUUGAAGAGAACUAAACAGUUCGCUGCACCAAAGAGUAUUGUAAUUACUGGAGCAUCAAGUGGUAUUGGAAGAGAGUUGGCAAUAGCAUAUGCUGCCAAGGGUGUCAACUUGUACUUGACCGGUCGUGAUCAAGGACGUUUGAGUGAGGUAGCUCAACUGUGCAAGAAGAAGGGUGCCACUGUGUCAGAGUCCACCAUCGACUCGACCAACACUGAUGCAAUGUCCAAGUGGCUGUUGAAGAUUGACAAGAGCACACCUGUCGAUCUGGUCAUUGCCAAUGCUGGUAUCAAUGAGUUCCAGUGUUACGAGAGCACCUACGAAGACAGAAUACGUCAGGUGGCCAAUGUCAAUAUCAAUGGUGUUCUCAAUACUGUACUCCCUCUUCUGCCAGCAUUCAGAGAGAGAAGGAAUGGACAAAUUGCAUUUGUUGGAAGUAUGGCCUUCUAUAUGCCUCUAUUGAUGCCUGGCUACAUUGGAUCAAAGUACUAUAUUCAUGGCUUGGCAAUCUCUUUGAGACAGGAGUUGGCCGAGUAUGGAAUUGGUGUCACACUGUUGAUUCCUGGCUGUGUCAAGACUAGAAUGGUAGAGUAUAUCGAUAUUGACAAGCCAUUCGAGUUGCUCCCAGAACAGUCUGCUGCCAUCUUCAAGAGAGACAUCAGUGCCAACUUGGCCUCAUCCUAUGACAACCCCAAGACAUUGUUCAUGGCCCAAAUCCUGAACAAGGCCCCAGCCAAUGUCCGUGAUGGAUGGAUAUACCUACAACGUUUGCUCUACUCUGAGAGUUUCAUCGACUCGUACAGCUACGUUCCACCUCAGUAUAAGAACAAA